GAGAAGGGGAUGCGCGUGCGGUUUGGGGAUCUGGUCAGGGGGAAGAAGACCAUUGUUGUGUUCAUCCGGCACUGGUUCUGCCCGCUUUGCGCCCAGUAUAUCAAGUCGGUGAUCCGGGACGUCUCGCCCGACGCGCUUGAAGACGCUGGUGUGGAACUCAUCAUCAUCGGGAAUGGCUCCUCCAAGAUGAUCAACGGCUAUGCCAACAAAUAUUUCAACUCCCCCUUCAAAACCUAUACCGACCCCACCCUCUCCCUAUACAGAGUCCUCGGCCUCACGCGCCAAACGUCCGACUCGGGCCCCGAUUCCGAGCGGGGCGACUACCUCACCGAGACCGCCCUCGAGACCACCGUCAACACCCUCAAGCGGGCCGCCAAGAUGCCCCUCCGGAACCCGGGGCACUUUACGCAACUAGGCGGCGAGUUCGUCUUUGACGGUACACUCAAUGUG